AUUUAGCUGUGAGUUUUCACUAGGUAUACAUCUUCGGGUGACCUUGCGUUUUGUCCGUUAUCAUGGAGUUCACUCUCCGCUGGGAAUCCUAUUAUUGCCUAUUUUUAUUCAGAAUUUUGAACACAUUCAUCUUUGGAGAAUAUAAUGAGCAAGAUGAGAACCACAGUGAUACUUAGAAAAGCAUCAUUAAAAAGAAAAAAGAAUGUGAGAAGUUCAUCACAGAGCAAGAAGUUAUGUCAAGAACAAAUCAAAGAAGAGUUACCAAGGAUAUUAACUGGCAAGGAAGCUGCCUACCAUUCCUUUAAGGAUCUGACUGAAAUCCAUUCCAUUAGGGCGAACCUUCUGUCCUGGUAUGAUAAAAGCAAACGAGAAUUACCUUGGCGGAGAAUGGCUGUGACAGAAUCUGAUUUGAAUAAAAGGGCUUAUGCAGUUUGGGUGUCUGAGAUCAUGUUACAGCAAACACAGGUAGCUACUGUGAUCAACUACUAUAACAAAUGGAUGCAGAGAUGGCCAACCUUGCAGGAUCUUGCUAAAGCCACCGUUGAGGAAGUGAAUGAAAUGUGGUCAGGCCUAGGAUAUUAUUCCAGAGGAAGAAGAUUACAUGAAGGAGCACAAAAGGUUAUGUCAGAAUUCAAAGGUGAGAUGCCAAAGACUGCAGAGGAGCUACAGAAGCUGCUGCCCGGUGUUGGGAGAUACACAGCUUCUGCCAUUGCCUCAAUCACAUUUGGACAGGUAACUGGGAUAGUGGAUGGGAACGCUGUACGGGUGCUGUGUCGUGUUAGAGCAAUUGGAGCAGACAGCACCAGUCCAACAGUGUUUGAAGCACUUUGGAUGUUGGCAAAUAGCUUGGUGGACCCAUUUAGACCGGGGGACUUUAACCAAGCUAUAAUGGAGCUGGGUGCUACUGUCUGUACUCCCAAGGCUCCACUUUGUUCAGAAUGUCCUGUUCAGGCCCACUGUAGAGCUUACCAACAGGUUGGUUUUGAACUGUCGUUGAAAGAGAUAAUGGAACUGACUAUGCAAAGUAGAAUGUACACUAACUGCCAACUUCUGUAAACAAGACAAAUUCCUGUGCAACCAGGGAUUAUUUCAUCAAUUGGCUGAUUUUAUCAUUGAUGAGCACUACUGCUCUUGACUGAGUGAUCCAAAUUCUCACAAGUGCGGUACAUGUUCAGAUUUCAAUCCCAGCAAACAUACCUCUGAACUAGGUUCAGCUGACUCGGCCCCAAAGAGAAAUAUUGUAGCACCAUGAUUUUAUCAAUGACAACUCGUGACAUCUUCCCAGUAUUUCCACAACUGAAGCUCUCUCCAUAGUGUUUCACAUGAGGUCAUUCCAGUGUUGCUGUACCCUAAGCUUUCACAACCACUCACCUUAGCAUUCUAUCUGUGUACUAAUUUAUCUCAGCAGAUUCUAAUAUACCUUAAUCGUCUUCUUCAAUUGCCUUCAGACAUUGCUAUUCCUUCUUGGAUUUGAUAGCCCCUCUUAAAUGACAAGAGUGCCAUCCUAAAGCUAUCAAGCCUCACAGCUUUCUCCAACUUUAAUUACUAGAACUCGCCUUUUACCUGAAAAAUAUUUCUGCUGUAGUCCUUUUAACUUGGGCAUUAAAACUUGCAAGGUAUAUAAGUAUCCAUGUGUUAACUAGCUAUUAAUAGUUGUUCAGAUCUCAUAGAGUCAUUGGUGCGUUGUAUGAUGUGAGUUAUUCAUGGUGAGGGUAAGGAAUAUUGAAAUGGAAUCAAAGGGACUUUAAUCUGCCUCUUACCCCAGGUAAACAUUAUUUUUGUUCUUUUGGAGGUGCCACUGUGUAAAAA